AAUUCACAUUUUGUGUUUUCGUUUUUUUUUUUCUAUAUAAACAAAAUAAUAUUAUGUAAAAGAAAAAAUAAAUUAAUAAUAAGAUUUAAUAAAAUUAAUUAAAAAUAAGAAUAAUUCAUAAAUUCGAUUAAAAAUUUUUCUGAUGGAAAAAAUAAAUGAGUGAAAAUUUUUUGACAUAACAAUAAAAAGAGAUAAACUUAAUAAAAUGAGUUUAAAAAAUUUCAAUGAGUAAUUCUCAAUAUUAAGGACCAUAUAGUAAAGAGUGAGACAAAUAGAGAAAGAGGAAAAAAUAAGAGAGAUAGAGAAAGAGAGAGGGAACAAAAAAAUCAGAAAAAACAAAAAAAUCAGAAAAACCGAACGAAUACAAAACACAAAAAAAAAUUGAAAACGUAAAAUUAAAAAACUACAAUAAAAUAACAAAAAAACAAAAAAAACAGGGGGAAAAGCAAAAAAAAAACAAAACAAAAAGGAGGCAAGAAAAUUAUAGUUUUAGAGGAUGACGUUAGAAAAAGUUAAAAAAACUUUCGCAUAUAUAGUAAAUGAAAAUGAGUUGUAAACGGAAACAAAAACUAAAAUUAAAAGAAAAGAAAUUUUAAGUUCUUUUAUUUAAUUUCCAAUUUUCGGUACAUACAAAGUACAUACAAAGAAAACAAGAAAUAAAGAAAUAAAACAAUAGAAGAAAGAAAAAAAAAACGAAACCCAAAAAAACACUUUAAAACUUUCACAUUUCUCAUAAAAUUCUACAUGUACGAAGAAAGAAAUAUUUUAAGGAGAAAAUUGAGAACAGAAAAAAACAAUAUAACAUAGGGAAAAUUUAAAGUGAAAAACAAUGUUAUUACCAACAUCAUGUGGGCCUGGGCAUAACCCAAGGCCACCCGCAUCAAUACAAAAAACAUCAACGAUAACAGAUAUUUCGAUUUUAAAUUCAAUUUCUAAUACAAAUGAAAUUACUAAAUCUACUACAUUAACAAAAUUUUCAUUUAUACCCUCUACUAAUAAAAUAUAUAAUAAUAUUAAGUUUAUAUCAUCAUCAUAUAUUAAUUAUAAUUUAUUAAAACAACAUCAACAAUAUCAACAACAACAAGAACAAGAAGAACAACAACAAAAACAGCAGGAACAUCAAGAAAUAAUUAAUAAAAAUGGAAUUGAAUUUUUUAUAUUAAAUUCAAAUAAUAAAAAAUUUAUUUUUACUAAUUCUAAUGGUUCAAAUAUUACUAAUAACAACAAUAAUAACAACAAUAAAUAUAAUAUAAUAGAUAAUAAUGAAAUAAUUAUUGUGAAUGAUCAUAAUAAUAAUGAUAAUGAUGGAAUCAAUAAUAAAGAUUAUAAAAUUCACAAUAAUAAUGAUAUUGAUAAUGAUAUUAACAUUAAUCUUGACAAUGAUAAAAAUAUUGACGAUAAUAAUAAUGAUGAUGAUAUUAGUGGGAAAGAAAAUUUCAUAUCGAAUAACAAAUAUUCAUCAAAUAAAUAUUAUAAUAAUUUAAAUAAGAAUAAUAAUAAUAAUAAUUAUAAUUAUUAUUUUUAUAAUAGUAUAAAAUAUAUUUAUUUAUGUUAUUUGAAUUAUAUUAGCAUUUUAAAGAAUUUAAUUUCAUAUAAUUUAAGUUUAAAUAAUUUAAAUAAUUUAUUUAAUAUAAAUAAUAUUAAUAUUAAAAUUAAUAAUAAUAAAAAUAAUAAUAAUAAUAACAAUAAUAAUAAUAAUGAUAAUAUAACUAAUAAGGGAAAUAUAAUGAAUUUAAGGACCAAAUUGAUUUAUAAAAAUUUUUACAAUUUAAAAAUAACAUAUCAAUGGAUUUUGAUGAUGUUAACAUUUUUUUUAAUAAUAUCAAGCAAUUCUGAUUAUGGAGGUGGUGUUGCCGCUGAAAAAAGUAAACAAUGUAAGUAAUUUAUUAAUUUAAUUCGAAUUUUAAUUGAAAUUUUAUAAAUAUAUAUUUUUUAAAAAAAAUUAUAUUAUACAUAAAAUCAAUUUUUUAUGUUAUUAAUUCAUAAUUGCAUAUAGCAUAGAAAUCUGUCCUCUAAUUGAAUUUUUG